AUGGAGAAUUUUAAGUGUAUUUUGGUGAGACAGCAGGGAAAGGAAAUCGAGGGCAGCGUCGUGCUGGUUACUGGUGCCCUGAGCCCUCUCUGUCUUUCCAGGGUGCUCCUGUUCCCCCCUCUGUCCAGUCGCCUCCGGUACCUGAUCCAUCGGACCGUGGAGAACAUGGAUUUGUUGAGCAGCUUCUCGGUGGGGGAAGGUUGGAGGAGGAGGACGGUCAUCUGCCACUCAGCUGUGAGGCUGCCCAGCGAGACCAGCGACCCAAAGCCCGGCCCCACCCCGGCCCGGCCCCACCGCCCCGUGCAGCCCUGGGGCCGAGGGGGCCGGGGGGCCCGGCCCAGGCACGGGGGGGACACCCACGGGGACACCUCCCGGGCCUGUGUGGGCUCUGGCAGGAUCACCAGGCCCCCCAGGAGGAAGCCAGACAAAGCCCUGUACGUGCCCAAGGUGGCGAGGAAGAAGGCGAAUUGGAGGGAGCGGGACGGCCCCGGAGAAGCCGGAGGGGACGCGGCGCAGGGAGAUGAAAUCUACCCCAAAAAUUCCACGGGGGACGCCCGGGAGGAGCUGGGCAAGCCUGGAGAAGGCCCAGGGGGUGUCCCUGUGGCUCUUGGAAAGCAGCAGGAGCCCGGUGAAGGAAGUUUUUCGGGAAAAACUGACGCUGACCCCCACGCUGAGCGUCCUCCGUGCGGUACAGACGUCCCAUCCUUAGGGAAUAGCAACGAUUCCUCCAAGCAGGAAAGUCGGGAUAAAGACUGUUGUGAUUCCCUUUCUUCUGGGCACAGUAAACACCCACCUUCUGAGGCAGAAGAGCAAGAUCUGAGCCGUGAUGACACUGUUGUAGCAGAAGGCAGCAAAUUCCUGCGAGACGGAGACCAAACCAACCGGGAUUCCGGAGUGUUGGAGGGUGGGAAAACCUCCCUGCUGGAAAGCCGUGGGGGCAGCUCCUGUCCAGACCCAGCUGUGGUGCUGGAAAACCAAGAUAAGAGCAGUGCUGCUGCCAAGAGCCCGGAGAGUAGCAGGAACCUGCCAGCACCUACAGAGCAGGGCAAGGUCUCCGGGAAUUCCUCCACGCUGGAAAGCCGAGAUCGGGAGCGCCCAAGCGCGGAGCAGAACCCCCUGGAAGCGCAGAGUGAGCCUCUGGCUGUGCCUCAACUGGGUGUUGGGGGUGACCCAUCAGCUCCUGAGGAGCAGGGGGAGCACUGGGGGGAUGCUCCGGGGCGGAGCUGCAGUGGGAAGGUGCCGCUGGAAGAGGAGGAGGAGGAGGACAAGGAGCCCUCGGAUGUGGCCGAUGCGCCGUGGAGGGAGCUGCAGGAGGAGAGGGGGAGCAGGCAGGAGCAGAGCAGCCUGGAGGACGACUGCACUGCAGAGCUCUUGGCAGAGAUCAUGGGGAAUCUGACGGUGAAGGACAUCAGCAUCGAGAGGAUCAGCGUGGACUAUUCCAGCUACGGCGAGGCCCAGGUCAGCGAGGGGGAUUUCGGCCACGUCACCGAGAUCUACGACUUCCCCUCGUCCCUGAAAACGGAGGAUCUGAUGGAAAUGUUCUCAGAUUUCCACGAGAGUGGUUUCAAAAUCCAGUGGGUGGACGAUACACACGCCCUGGGAAUCUUCUCCAGCCUUUCCACAGCAUCUCAAGCCCUGGGCCGACGUUAUCCCUGUUUGAAGAUCCGGCCCCUGAUCCACGCCAGCAAACAGUCCAAGCUCAGGGCCCUGCAGCGACCAAAACUCCUUCACCUCGGGAAGGAACGGCCCCAGACGGACACGGCCGUGGCCAGGAGACUCGUGUCCCACGCCCUGGGCUGGAGGCACAGGCAGCAGGAAGGCUCAGGAACUGAAGUUUUCCAGCCGGAAACCUCGGAGCAGCAGGAAUAAAAGAAAAACCCACCUCGGCUCCCCCCUCCCUGUCCAUCCACACCCCCCCCCCAAAAAAAUCCCCUGCUGUAAAGAUGAGCAUGAGCUGUGCUGUCCAACUGCAUGUGGAGCAGGGAGGUACCACGGGGGGGUUCUCCUUGGGAUCAGCACCAUCCUUUGGAAGUUGGGAAGGAGGGGGAGUUUAGUGUUCGUGGGAUUUUUGGAGACUUUUUGUUUCCGAGCCCCAAUUGCUCACCUGCAGGAAUGAAAUGAAGGGGUUUUCCAGAAAAGCCUCCUCUGGGUUUGGAGAAAAAAAACAAACCAAACCAAAACAAAAAAAAUAAUUCAUUAAGAGUAAGGGAAUUGUGUUUUGUUGGCCAGAAUUCCAGCUGGGGGUAAGAACAGGAGUUCAAAAAAGCUGUUCCACGUUUAUACCUUGUUGUAAUGUUGUUGUUGAGAUAUCCCAUAAAACUGCCAGGUGAGUUCAAGGGUUUUUUUUUUUUUUCCAUAUUUACACAGCCUGAAGUUGCCCUGUUAAGCAAGGAAAAGUUGCCACGUGCUCCUUAGGAAAAGGAAAAGCAGAACUUCCCUGUUCUGCUUGGCCCAGAGCCUGGUUUUAAGGUGCUGGAAAACCCUUUGGCUCUGCUCGUGCUCCAGAUCUUGAGGGAAAAGAUGGGAGUUUUCCAACUUAAGAGGAGGCUAAAAAAAACAAAACCUUUGCCAGGUGAUAAAUGGCCUCAGCAGGAUAAUUCUGCAGCCUUUGAGCCUCACAACACCCCUUUGAGGUAGGUUUUGGGGAGCACGAGUUGGAUUAAUCCCCUGGUCACCUCUAAAAUUCAGCUGCUUGUAGAAGUCUUCCAUACAGAGGGGAAAAAAAACCCCCACAACCAACCCUAAAGUACCAGGAAUUGUGAGCUUUCACAGAGUAGAAAUCCACCACAAGUGGUAUUUAAAUGGGUUUUUUUGUGUUUUUUUUUCUGGGUCAAAAGGUUUUUAUUCAAGUGAGAUGUGUAGCGAGGUGUGUCCUCAAACAAACAGAGGAGCACGGGGGUAGCACCAUGAAUUUCCAGUGGGGCAGGUGCAGAUCCCUGGGGAUGAGAGCCAGGAAUUCCCUCUGUAAGGAACAGCCAGGAGACGAUGCCUUAAAACUAAUUCAUCCUUGGAAAAAGAGAAGACAGGGAAUGAUGUCCAGCCUGGGAGGCGAGAGCUGGGCGGGUGUGGAAUUUAUGGGGUGGAUGUUGGGAUGGGAAUUCCCGGUCCAGCGGCCUCAUCACCAGGAAUCUGCAAAGUUCUGGGUGUCUGAGGCGGGUGGAGGAGCUCCAGGGAGCUCCAAUGGGCUGUUGGGAAUCUUGGAAUCUGUUCUGCUCCUCUUCCAGAGGUCGCUGGGAGCCGACUGUUGGACCCGAGAGUUUUGCUGCGGAAUUAAAUUAUGCUUUACACUGUU